AUGGAACUGGAAUUGAAGCAACACCGUAGUGGAGAGCUGACUUUGGAAUUUGGACUUAACUGGGAGGAGUGGGUUGGAAAACAAGUCCUAGUGAAAGGACAUAUUUAUAGGAAGCAAGGGAAUGUGCAGCCAUCACGGGUUGUCCACGGUGGAUUUUGUAUUGCUUGCACGUCUUUUAAAACUUACAUCUUCGGAGAUGUGGGAGAAUGUGAUGAGAUGAAUGAGGUAGUGGACUGUGGAAGAAGAAACAUUGGUGGAUCUAAAGAGGGGAUACGACCAAGCUUAGCCGCCGGGAAGGGGGGGACAGCGAAACAAGGAGGUGUUGACUUGGAGUGGUCCUACGCGGGGAUAGCUCUUGGUGUCUCCUUCGCGCGUACUGUUGAAAGGAAAUUGAUGAACAAUAGCACAGAUUUUAAACGUGUUCAGAACAGCAACAUCGGUUCCUCCUGUCGGUGUAGUCGCAGUAGUAGUGCUCGCUCAAGGGUUAUCAAAAGUGUUACAGUCACAUGA